AUUCUUUAGGUAGCUACAGGCAGUCCCUAUAGAGAUUUCCAGGUAAAUACUGUAGAUUUGAGAGAGGCUGAUCAACUGACACCAGAAGUUAAGCCCUGCAAACUUAACUUUCAUUAAGAGGAGUUUUUCAAGCAAGAAAUUGGAUUAGACCCAGGGAUGACGUAUCCUGUUUGAUUUCUUUUCCCCUUGAACUCUGACAAGCUUUGUGUUUAGGCAGGCUUUUGUUUCUGAUUCCAAGUUGCUUUAAAACAUUUGGGAGUGUGUCUCGGAGUGUCGAGGGCCAUGUGCUUAGCUUGAUUGGCUCGGUUUGCUUGCGAGUACUUUGUUCUUCCCACCACGCUCAGGUCGGUUGUGCAACAUGCCCCUACUGUUAAAAAAAAAAAAAAAAAAAAGAGAGAGAGAGAGAGGGAGAGAGAAAUGCUGAGUAAUGCCAGAGGUUUCUCAAAUGGCUGAUGCAAACCUGGAGAAUUUGCAUCAUCAUUCAGCUGGAGUAACUUGGUAUGACAAGAGCUUAAAUACAAGUCCACGCGGAAGCUGAGCUGGUUUCCAAUGCUGGGGCAGUACCAGCUCGCAGUGUGAAAGCGCAGGUGUUCCUGAGCAGUGCUCUGAUAGCAGCCAAGGCUGAAACACUUUCGUAGCCUGCUACCUGUGUGUAGGAGCAGCUGGAAAGAUAAGAGAGGGCAGAGAAAAGAGACUAAGUAGUUGGCUACACAGAGAGGAGAAAAACCUUGAGUUUCUGCUGCAAACUUUUUUGCCAGCACUUGCUGUGGCACUGAAACAUGUUGAGGAAAGCUGCUGUGACCACCGUCUCUAAUGGAAGCUACUUGCAGGGGGAAUCUAAUGGCAGGUUGCCCGCUAUGGACAGUGGACAGCCAGCCCAGGAGGGAAAAGUUGUGCUGAAGAAGAAAGUGACUCUUUUGAGGGGCAUAUCCAUCAUAAUUGGCACUAUCAUUGGAGCUGGCAUCUUCAUCUCUCCCAAAGGCAUCCUGAAGAACACGGGCAGUGUAGGCAUGUCCUUGAUUCUCUGGACAGCAUGCGGUAUCCUCUCGCUCUUUGGUGCCCUCUGCUAUGCUGAACUAGGAACAUGCAUUAAGAAAUCUGGUGGUCACUACACCUAUAUCCUGGAGGCCUUUGGCCCAUUACCUGCUUUUGUGAGAAUGUGGGUUGAAUUACUCGUCAUUCGCCCUGCUGCCACAGCAGUGAUAUCAUUGGCAUUUGGACGUUACAUUUUGGAACCUUUCUUUAUGCACUGUGAAAUCCCAGAACUUGCGAUUAAACUUAUUACAGCUGUUGGCAUCACGCUGGUGAUGGUCCUGAAUAGCACGAGUGUCAGCUGGAGUGCCCGCAUUCAGAUUUUCCUUACCUUUUGCAAGCUUGUAGCAAUUCUGAUAAUUAUAGUCCCUGGAGUUAUCCAGCUAAUUAAAGGAGAAACACAGCACUUUAAAAAUGCCUUUGCGGGGAAUGAUGCCAGUGUUAUGGGGUUACCACUUGCUUUCUAUUCAGGAAUGUACGCCUAUUCAGGCUGGUUUUACCUCAAUUUUGUUACUGAAGAAGUGGAAAACCCUGAAAAAAAUAUACCCCUCGCAAUAUGCAUUUCAAUGAUUAUCGUCACAGUUGGCUAUGUGUUAACAAACGUGGCUUAUUUCACUACAAUCAGUGCUGGGGAAUUGCUGCUUUCAAAAGCUGUAGCAGUGACCUUUGCUGAACGACUAAUGGGAGACUUUUCUUUAGCUGUACCAGUACUUGUUGCUCUCUCCUGCUUUGGAUCGAUGAAUGGCGGCAUUUUUGCAGUCUCCAGGAUGUUCUUCGUUGCAUCCCGCGAGGGUCACCUUCCGGAAAUUCUCUCCAUGAUUCAUGUCCGCAAGCACACUCCUCUGCCAGCUGUCAUUGUUUUGCAUCCUCUCACAAUGAUAAUGUUAUUCAACGGGGAUCUCUACAGCCUUCUAAAUUUCCUCAGUUUUGCCAGGUGGCUUUUUAUUGGACUGGCUGUUGCUGGGUUGAUUUAUCUCAGAUAUAAACGUCCUGAUAUGCCUCGUCCAUUCAAGGUGCCUCUAUUUAUUCCAGCAUUGUUUUCCUUCACCUGCCUCUUUAUGGUUGCACUGUCACUUUACUCUGAUCCAGUGAAUACAGGGAUUGGAUUUGCAAUAACCCUGACUGGAGUUCCUGCCUACUACCUCUUUAUUGUAUGGGACAAGAAGCCAAAGUGGUUCAGAAAGCUCCUAGACAGAGUAACUGAAAUACUGCAAAUCCUCUUGGAAGUCAUCCCACCAGAGGAAGACCAGAAAUCAUGAUCUUCACGUACAGCAUUUAGCGUGUUGUUUCUUUUCAACCUGAGGAAGAGAAUAGGGAGAUUUCUUCCAUCACCUAAUGCUCUGCAAACUGGAAAACAAGUCACAGCUGAGAUGGUUACUCAGCAAGUCAGUUGCCAGAACUGUAUUUUAUGAUGUUGCAAAAUCUUUUUUAAUGUGGUUGGUUUAUAUGUAGAAAACAAGAACUUAUGCUUUGAGAGAACUCAUCACUAUUUCUUUUAUUACAGUGUCAUAUUUUAACAAACCAUAGGUUCAUCAAACUAGGAUUUUGGUCGCGUUGUCACUGAAAAUAGAUUUAAGCAACGUGUGAGUAAUAGUCAGGUGUACUAUGAAGAAUGUAUCCUGCUUGCUGUCCCCGAAGAACCCAGCUCUCACCAGAGGAAGGGUGAGAUAAAGCUGCUGAGUUUCACUUACUAAUGUUCUUUGAAUCACUUCAUUUGGAAGCCCAGUUUGACUUCUUUUGGCUUGCUGGGAGCACCAACAGACUGUUGCAGAAACACAGCGGUUUCCACACCUUGUGGUGGCAAGUUCAAGGUUACUUUAUUCCAGAGGUGUUGUAUGAUAGCUGACACGAGCAUCUUCUGAGAAUUCAUAUUUCUGCCAGUGGGGCAAGAAGAUUUUAGCCUGAUGGCAGUAAUUUCAUAGGGUAAUUUUGUAGUUUCUACCAGUCUGGAAAUGAUUACGAUCUUUACUAAUGUUUCUUUGUAUAUGUGUGUAUAAGAAAUACAGCAACUGAGUAAUCACCUUCAAAAGAUUCAAAACAUUUGAAUGUGACCUCCAUUGCUGUAUGAAUAUUUUCUAUCUGGAAGCAUAUGGACCUGCAGUUAUCUGUCAGGUAAACCUGACUUCAAGGUUUUAUAUCAUUCUUGGGCAGAAAUGAAUAACAGUCACUGGUUAUAUAAUCAGUGUGAGUACUGUAUGGACAUGGCGAUAAAUGCAGGACCAUUUUAUGAACAAGAUAUAAGGCAAGCUACAACAGAUUUGUUGAUUUGAGUAGGCUAUGUGCCUAAUCUGUGGGCUUUUCAUUCAAGCACACUCCAAUUAAUUGGACUUUGAAAUACCAAGGAACAGGUGCUCUACCAGUGUUGUCUUCCCAAUUUUAUCUCAACUGAAACAGAGAAAGGCUAUCAAAACUGAUAAUAUCAAACAACAAAUGUUGUUUGAGCUGAGAUUUGGCUCAAGUAUGAGCUGAAGUUUUGCCCUUUUUUUAAAAGAUAUUUUUAGAUAAAGAAAUUUUUUAAUGCUUAAAAAUUCAGUUUUAUAUUGUUAGUGAAAGACUACUCAACCUUAAGAUUAAGGUUCGUUAUGACUCUUUUAAGAAUAUAAUGCCUAAAUAUUGAAUGCACUACUUUUUGAGCUGUUUUCUAUCAGCAAGCAAUGAAAAGUUUUAUGAAACUGAGCAACAUUACGCUUCCUAAAUUGGGAGAAAAGCACAACUAGUAGCCAGACCACUACAGUAAAGGGAGACUGUGUAUUAUAUGUGUGCUGUAUAUAUACAGAAUAUCUACUGUUUUAAGGGUGUACAGUACAAUGUCAUAAAAUUUAUAUGUUCUCCUUCCUUGUAUUUCUAUGGCGGAAUUUCAUAGAAGUAGGGAAAUGGGAGUAUGAUUAUGUAGAAGAGCAGUAAUUUAAGACACAGAGAACAUUUUGCGAAUGAAUUUUCUUUAUAAGUUUUCUGUUUACACUAACUUAAAGUGUUUAUUUGGAACUUUUUUAGGCACACAUUUUGAGAGAGAUUUUUAUGCUGACCGUGCACAUGUUUAAUUAGUUAUUUACAUUUGGGUCAGAAGUCUGCUUUUGAGGUCCUCUUCUGCCACCCCAGUACCACUGGGGUUUUGCCUGUGUCGUCACGGACCAUCUUCAGAGUAUAGACACUGCAUUUUCCUCUGAUAAAAAUAAACUGCAUGAUGCCCUCCAGGAGCACACCUGACUGACUCAUCCGCUGAUGGUUGCUGAGUGCCUGGGAUCCCACCAGUGCUGGUCCAAAGCAAAACCUCCUGAACACUGGUUGUGUGGGUGUCAGGUUUUCAACACCAACUGUUUAGUUCCAAGUAUUCACUCCUGUCGUGCCACAUUACUUGAAAGUUUAAAUGGAGGCAGUGUUAACUUGUUGAAAUAAAUGGGCUCUGUAAAUAUAA